UCGGCGCGCAAACAGUCAUCGCGCGUCACGCCGUCCAGACGUGUCCCUUGCCGUCUCGUAACGGUAUAGGCGGAUCGUCGUCCUCCGCAACAGGUUACGCACCCUACUGUUUGGGUCACGAACCCCCCAAAUCGAGUCCACUCGACUGUCACCAUGGUCUAAUCGUGGACGGAAUUACCAUUCAACACUAUGAUCACUGAUAACAAUACGACGUCCAUCACCAGGAUGGUCAUCGAGCCUGGUCUAAUGGAUAUGUUGGGCAACUCUCUAUUUGAUAUGUUAGCCCCCGUGGUCAGUUCUACCGAAACGUAUGCUUCGUCAGGUGGGGAUGGUACUGGUGGUUUGGCUUCUGGCGACGCAGAUGGCAGUGGAGGUGAUGGUGGUGGUUCUAGUUCCGGAGGUGGAUUAGGCCCUGGAGAACUUUGGUACAGGCACAGCCCCGCCAUGACGGCCGUAUACUGUUUUGCAUACACCAUGGUAUUUUUAGUUGGUCUGUUCGGUAAUUUGCUGGUUGUAUCUGUCGUAUGCCGAUCACCUCGAAUGCGAAACGUUACAAACUACUUUAUUGUCAAUUUGGCCGUGGCCGAUAUUCUCGUUCUGGUAUUUUGUUUGCCCGCCACCUUAUUGUCAAACAUUUAUGUCCCUUGGAUUCUUGGAUCAUGGAUGUGUAAAAUUGUACCGUACGUUCAAGGGGUUUCUGUGGCCGCUUCAGUGUACAGCCUCAUUGCCGUAUCAGUAGAUAGAUUUUUGGCCAUUUGGUAUCCAUUGAAGUGUCAGAUCACCACACGUCGUGCCAGAUACAUAAUUGGAAUUAUUUGGUUGGUGUCUACAACUAUCACCAUACCUUGGGCAUUAUUUUUUGACAUGGUGGCUAUAUUUAAGGAUGAACCUAAUUUAGAGCUUUGUUUGGAAGUAUGGCCCGACUAUCUCGAUGGUAAUUUGUAUUUCUUGUUGGGCAACUUGGGAUUAUGUUACGUUGUUCCAAUGAUAGCCAUUUCGUUGUGCUACGCCAUGAUAUGGAUAAAAGUGUGGCGUAGAACUAUACCUACUGACAAUAAGGACGCGCAAAUGGAGCGUAUUCAACAGAAAAGCAAAGUGAAGGUAGUCAAAAUGCUCGUUAUGGUAGUCAUUUUGUUUGUGGUGUCGUGGUUUCCGCUUUAUGCGAUUUUUGCCAGGAUCAAGUUGGGUGGCCGUCUCAAGUCGUGGGAAGAAGACUUUUUACCCAUAGCCACGCCAAUCGCCCAAUGGUUAGGUGCCAGUAACAGUUGUAUAAACCCUAUACUGUACGCUUUUUUCAAUAAAAAGUUCCGUCGCGGCUUCACGGCCGUCUUGCAAAGUCGCAGCUGCUGGGGAACGCUCAGGUACAACGAAAACGUGACGUCGGCCAACUCGUGGUCGGCCAGUAAGGCGUCAUACUACAUCACCAACCAUCACGCGUAUACCAAGCGACAGUCCAGCCAGGAAACGAAUGUAUCAUACAUAUUCAAUGUCUGAGCGCAAUUUGACAAUACGUCGUCUGGAACGACUGGAGAAUCCUCUUAAUUUAACAGUCAGUUUCGUAUAAAAUUGUCACACGUGAUAAUAACUAUACUUACUAUGAACUGAAAAUUAAUAUAAUAAUCAUUACAAAAAUAAUAUAAAACCUCCUUCAAUGACGUUGGAAGUGUUUUCCGGUCCGGCGGCGGGAGAUUUAGUCUCCCGCCGUCAACCAUCCACCACUACAUACUAUACAACAAUAGCUAAUAUUGUUAUUUAUAAAUAAUAUUAACGUUGUUUUAAACUUUACGAUACAAAAAUAUACAUAUAAGUAUAUUGAUGAUAAUAAUAACAAUAAUUGUAAACAUCACCAUCUUAGAUGAUACUGCCAUUCGGUUCUUAUAUACGCAUAAUAAUAAUAAUACAGUUGCAUAACUUAAAAUAUUUAUAUAAAAUAUGUUAACUCUACGAUAAUACGGCCAUCAUAACUAUGACAACCGUAUGACCGCCCAAUAAAUGUAUUUGUAAUUACUGUCUAAGUCUAUAAAUAUUAUAAUUGUAACGUUAAGCCGUAUCUGACACAAUCAAUUUUUCACUGUAUAUACAACAUAAAAAAAUGAUUAGUUAAUAAUAACCAAAAUUCAAUUAAGGUUUGUUAGUUGCACUGCUUAUGUUGUCGUCAUCGUUGAAUUAGUGGCACGAAGGGGUUUGUGGCAUAUUCCGUCCAUUUUAAUGAAACAUUUGCCCUUAACCAAACCCACCAACCCCUCAUCAUAUACUAGGCCAUCAACAUUGUUAUUUGUUCUCAAGACCAUUUUUUCAUGUUAUACUGAGUGGACUUGACUUAACCAUAAUUCACCGUGAAUUUGCAUAACCUACCUUUAUUCAAACUUUAGUAGACAUAUGUCUUUACCUAUUGAACAUGUCCCGAAUACUUCUUGUAUGUGACUCUUUUGCAACCUUAUCCGUGAAAAUAACUUGAAAUGUGCACCCAAAUAUAAGCAAAAUGUUAAUUCGCAUUCCAAAGACGGACGUCGUGAUAUAAAAAAGUGAGGAAAAUAUUAUGUGCGGGCUUUAUACUUAUGUAUUGUAUCGUAAACGUAAAAGUGGCAAGUGUGAAAUGAAAAAAUUAAAAGGAUAUGAUCAAAUUUGAGAAAAAAGAAUUUAAAGUGGCGACCGAUAAUAAAAGCAGAUGUUAUGUGGUCGUGUAAAGAGAGGUGGAAUAGAAAUGGAAAAAAUACUCGAGAAUGAGAUAAGAGCAUUGGACAUAAAAGAUAAACAACAGAAAAACUCAUAACACAAAAAGAAAAAACAAAACAUAAUAAUUUAUCAUUAAAAGUACUACGAAAGAAUUCCGAUAUGUAAUAACUGUAAAAGAAUACACUGUAUCGAUUUAUCAAAAUCCAUACAUUAGAUUGUUUUAGAAACGAUAAAAAAUACAAUCAUUCUUUGUGAGUAGAACUUCAUGAGUUUCUAAUGAUAUUUUUUACUGCUUCCGAUUGACAAAAUAAAAUUGAGUACCUAGUAGUAAAUACAGUUUGUUUCUAAAAAGCUAAGCGAUCCAUUCCCAUACAACGUGUAUGCUGUUGGAAACGACUAGCAUAAGAUAUUGUACAAUGUUUUCUCAGUUUAAAUAUUUACAAAUUUCUUGAAGUUUAUUUUUAUUAUUUUUUCCGUGGCUAAUCGCUUUGUUCUAUAAAACUUGGUAAGAAAAAUUCGAGGAUAGAAUUUAGAACUAGUAGGUUAUCAGUAAAUGUAAAAAGUCAUAUGUCAAAAAUUAAUAUCAAAAUCGUAGUAGAUAUUAUAAAACGCCUAAAUAGUUGUAGGGUCUGAAAAGGACUAUUCGAUGGCUAUAUUUACGGUUACUAUCAUAGAAAUCCAUCAGAUAAAAUCCAAAGCCUUUUUUAUAAUCAUCAUACAUUUUUUUAAAAGAUACUUCAGAAAAUUAAAAGUUCCUGUAAUGUAAAAUAAUUAAUAAUAUAUAUUUUAAAAUUAAAAAAAUUAAAGUAUAAUGAUAUUAGUUUUAAUUUAGAUAAAAUAAUUAUAAACAAAAUUUUUUUUUUAAAAACAACUUUUUCGAGGAUCGCAUAUUUACUAAGGAGGAAACAAGUCACCGCCAAUAGAAGCCUAUAGUUACUAUUAUUAUUAAAAAUCUCAACAAAAAUAGUAAUAAUAGUAAUAGAAGUUAAAGUUAAAUUGUUAAUGAGGAUAACUAAUAGUUCGCAUGGAUUGUAUAAGCGUGUAUUUUUUUUUAAUGUUGUACAGUUGUAUAAAUAAAUUUACAAAACUUUGAACAACACCAAGUUGAAUUGAUAUCACAAAGUCUGAAAGUCUUAUUUGCAUGGUAUACUUAAUAAAAUAUGGUUAAAUUAUAAAUGUACUACUAAUUAUAAAUCAUUUUUUUUAAUGUGCACGAGUUAAUAUCAACUUGCAUAAUGCUAUAAGGCAAACUACCAGUAAUUAUAUUUUAUAUACUAUAUUAUAAAUUAGGUCACUAUUUAGCUACUGGAUAUAUAUAUUAUUAUUAUAAAUAUUGCUCUAAUCAUGUAAAGAAAUAAUUUUAUAAUAAAUGAAAAUUAUGAAAAUAAUAUGAAAUCAUAAAAUUAAUUAAUUAGUAUGGAUGAUAUUUAUUAAACUAUUGAAGUUGUUGUAUCUGCCAUAUUUGUAAAGCAAACAGUUUAGAGACUCACUAUUUGAUAAUCUUAAGGAAGUAUUUAGUAUAAGUACAAUCAUUUACUGUGUGAAUUAUGUUUUUACAUUAAUAUUGUAUAAAACUAUAAUCAUUAUUAUUUUACAAACUAUAGAGAGAUAAAAACAAAAUUUUUAAGACUUUAUAUACUUUUUUAUUGACACGAGUCAGAAAUAUAACUGGCAUUGAUCAAUUAUAUAUCAAUUAUGUUUAUCUCAUCUUUUAUUAAAUGUUAUACUUUUAUUUAACUCUUAUUUUCGUUAUCACAAAAAUAAUUUAUUCGCAUAGAUGAGAAAACUUUAAGCAAAAUACUUUAAAGAAAUUUUUAUUCUUCUGUUGUAAAAAAAGAGUAAAAUAAUUCAAAUAGAAAAAAUACAAUUUUUGGAGAUAACUCAUUUUAUCAUAUUAUUAUAAAUUAAACACUAUAAAAUAUGGUUAAAUCAAUCUAAGAAAAUAUUUUAAACAAUGAUGUAAAUAACUUUCUUAAAAAAAAUUAAUAAUGCUAAGCAGUUAGUUUUGCAGAUGUAUUGUCUACUGUUAAAUUUUUUAAGUUUUAAUAUUGUGGAUGGCAAUAUGCAUUCCUUAGAAAACUAAUGGCUUAACUUGUAGGUUUUAUUACCAUAACCUAUUAAAGAAAGUUAAAUUAUUAUAAAUUUAAGUGUGGAUAAGUUCUAUGCAAGUCACGACUGUAACUUUAAUGAUAAGAUUCUUAAUUAUUAAUAAUAAAACAUAAAAUGCAUGUAAUAAUUCGUACAGUUAGCCAAUAGAUAUAAUAAUUUAUCUCCCCUACACUUAGUAAUGAACUAUGGUAAUUACAGUAUUAUUGUAAUAUUGUUUUUUUAUAAAAAUACACUCAUUAAAAUACACAAAACAAUUGAUUUUUAUUUUUUAUCAUCCUUUGUUAAAGUCUGUCAUAAAGAUUGUUUUAUAUGAAGAAUAUUACAUUUUUAUUAUAAGUUAAAUACAUUUAUGCUUGUUCAUAGUUU